UUAAGAUGAUGGCCGGAAACGGGAAUGAAAUUGGUAAUGGUAAUGGGAGUGGCGAGGUGUCGGUUCCUCCAGGGUUUCGAUUCCAUCCGACAGACGAGGAGCUUCUCUACUAUUAUCUAAGGAAGAAGGUUUCUUAUGAAGCCAUUGACCUCGAUGUUAUCAGGGAGGUGGAUCUCAACAAGCUCGAGCCUUGGGACCUCAAAGAUAAAUGUAAAAUCGGAUCAGGGCCUCAAAACGAGUGGUACUUGUUCAGCCACAAAGACAAGAAAUACCCAACUGGGACUCGAACAAAUCGAGCAACCACUGCUGGGUUUUGGAAAGCAACAGGGAGAGACAAGGCUAUCCACCUUUCCAACUCCCAAACCCAAACAAUAUUAGGCAUGAGAAAAACCCUAGUCUUCUACACUGGACGUGCUCCUCAUGGCCUAAAGACUGACUGGAUCAUGCACGAGUAUCGCUUAAUGGACGAUCCUCAUCACAAUGACCGACUCGACCAUCAUCAGCGGGUGCAGGAAGAUGGGUGGGUUGUCUGUAGAGUUUUCAAGAAGAAGAAUCAUAGCAGAGGUAAUUACCUACCAGCUGAAGUUUCUCAUCAUCAUGAUCAAUUAGCAGAUGAAAACUUCAUGUUUCCUCACAUGAUGAAGGCGGCUACUGCUCCAUAUCCUCCAUUAGUACCAGCUGCUGUACUGGAUCGUAGACAAAAUACUGUUAAUCACGUCCAAGGUUUAUGUGAUUAUACCUUUGAUGGAUCCAUGCAUCUCCCCCAGUUGUUCAGUUCAGAAUCAACAGCCAUUAAUAACAAUGCUGCAUCCUUCACUUUCAAUAACAGUACUACUACCAUGGACAUGAACAAUUCUCCUUCAGGACUACUAGCAAUGCAUAAUAAUGGCACUGAUUGGUCGUUUUUGGACAAGCUUCUUGCUACUCACCACCACCAUCAUCAUCGUCAGAGCGCAUUAGAUCAUCAUCCUGAUGUGGCAAGUUCUUCAACUCAGAAAUUCCCAUUUCAUUUUCUUGGUGGUCUUCAGACUGAUGUUUUGAAAUUUUCUAAGUAGAAUUCAUGUGUUU